AUGGCUGACUCCGAUGAAGAAUAUGUCGGUGAUGUGACUGAAGAUGAGGAUGAUCUCCAAGUCACCCGAGGUGACAAUCCUCGCGCCAAAAAGAGGAAACAACGGGGAGGCGCAGAGUGGGAGCUCUCCAGAACGUGGGAGACACUCGUCGAGGGAGCCGAUGGUACCAUCAGUUCGACCGUCGAGGGUCUGCUGGAGGCUAAUAAACGAAAAAGGUAUUUGCGACACCCUCUCUCUCUCUCUUCCCUCCCCCAAAGAAGUGUUCAGAUCGCUCAUUGCAACUCUCCUAGGCUCUUGAAAGAUACAACUCCGCUACAGCGCGGUAUCAUUCGACACCUUAUCCUCAUUAUCGACCUGUCGCAAUCCAUGUCCGAGAAGGACCUACGACCCACGAGAUACUUGUUGACCCUCCGAUAUGCGCAGGAAUUUGUGAGGGAAUUUUUCGAACAGAACCCGAUUUCCCAGCUCGGCGUCCUGGGCCUGAGAGAUGGCCUCGCGGUCAGAGUGAGCGACAUGAGCGGAAACCCAACAGAACAUCUCACUGCCAUUCAAAAUCUCAAAACGCAAGAUCCGAAGGGGUUGCCGAGUCUUCAAAAUGGAUUGGAGAUGGCACGCGGUGCUCUUUUCCAUACACCGAGUCACGGCACUCGGGAGGUACUCAUCAUAUUCGGAUCUCUGCUUUCCUCCGACCCCGGUGAUAUCCACCAGACGAUAGGAACUUUGAUCAGCGACAAAGUCCGGGUCAGAAUCGUAGGUCUCGCCGCGCAGGUUGCAAUCUGCCGAGAACUUUGCACCAAAACAAAUGGAGGGGAUGAAACGGCGUAUGGUGUUGCACUGAACGAGCAGCACUUCCGAGAGCUGAUGAUGGAUGUGACGACGCCUCCAGCUGCCUAUUCACAGAAAGAAUCCGCAAGCUCCUUGCUGAUGAUGGGAUUCCCGUCGCGCACGGUGGAAGCCGCUCCAUCUCUCUGUGCUUGCCAUUCCAAGCCUUCGCGAGGAGGCUAUCUUUGUUCCCGGUGCAACAGCAAAGUCUGUAAUCUUCCUGCCGAGUGCCCAUCAUGCGGGCUCACGUUGAUCCUGUCAACCCAUUUGGCAAGAUCAUAUCAUCACCUCUUCCCAUUGAUCAAUUGGGUAGAGGUCCCCUGGCGUCGAGCUUCGAAGAGCUCUGCUUGCUUUGCCUGUGGGAUCACGUUCCCGCCAGUCCCUUCAGAGGAUCAAUGGCAAGUCACAGAGAACCAAACCAAGGGAAUGAGCGUGAGCAGUCGUUAUGAAUGCACCGCAUGUCAUAGCCACUUUUGCAUUGACUGUGAUCUCUUUGCCCAUGAGGUCGUGCAUAACUGCCCGGGUUGUCAGAGCAAAAGUACACAGCAGGUCCCCUCGUAA